AUGAAAUGCAAUCCGAAUUUCGCCCUUCAGAUCUGGCAAAUUCCUCACUGCGCGUCGGCGUCGGGCGGGUGGCGGGUGGCGGUUUUUCCCAGCGGCGCGGGCGUCGGCGUCGGCGGCCGCCCCGCACACCCCUCCCCGCCCCGCGCGCGGUGCGCCCCGCUCCCGCCUAAAAGCCAGCCGGCGCGCGCGGCGCGCAGCAGUCGCUUGGUGGUCGCCGUUGGCGUUCGCACUCCACUCGACGCGGUCGCAGCCGUCCAGCGCCCAGCGCUCGUGUUUUGUUGUCACUUCGUCGCAACCGCUUUCUUCCAAGAUGCCGUUCGGAAAACAAGACUGAGAAAACGUAAAAUAGGAGCUGGAAUUAGUGGGCUUGAAUUUGCCCAUCGGAGCAAAGAUUCUGCUUUGGUCUGGGACAAUUCCCAACCACCUGGCUUCCAGAUGCUUCCCACGGUCCAUCUGGCGGGAGGUGGGCCGGAACGGGAGUACAAAGGACCUCCCAACGGCACUGCGGCUCCGACGCAAUCGCCGCGAAUUGGCGGGGGCGGGGCGGGGGCGGGAGGGGGCGGGAGGGGGCCGCAUCCCGGUGCGAGAGUCGAACGCCCCCACCACCCCAUCCAUCCCCGCGUGACGCGUCGCCCCGCCCACCUCACGCCGUCCCCUGCCGCUAGCCUCUGCUCCGCCCAGUCUCCCCGUGCGCCUACAACUUACCCCUCGUCGCCUCUCACCCACGCCCAACCCUCCCAGCACCCCCACUCCACCACUGCUCGCUUCCGCCCAACCCCCGCCCACACCGCCCGACGCAGCCGCCCCACCCUGGGGGCGUCGCGGCAAAUUUAG